AUGUCGUUUCUUGUCUCUGUUUCAGAGGGCACGGCGGGCGGAUCUUGCCGUACCGCUCAAAUUGAAACUGACGUUUCAAGACGGGCGGUAUGUUCGAGAUUGCUAGCGGAUCGGGUCGCUAACGCGAGUCGCGGGACGGGUAGAGCACGUGCCGAUCAGCUGAUCAGUGCUCGCUGCGAUAUUUUUAUUGCCACGGGACACCUACGGACAUUAAGUUUCGCGCUUCCGAGCUCGUCUCGACUAUCAUUUCGCGCUUCAUUCGAGGCGGUUCCGGGUAUUCGUUUCGGCCUGAGGCGAUCCUCAGCGCAUACGAAACACUCACUAACGCUAACAAACAAACAUGUCACCUACUCCUCCAAUCCUUUUCCUUCUACAGACUUUAUAUCUACUGAAGUCAUAAUUACAGCUGACUCCUUCCCAGAACCUUCCACACAUGACACAGUAAAUAACAAGUGGUUGAUAAAUCUAUCUCCUAUACAAAUACCACCACAAGUACAAAGUCUGCUACAACUGGCUGAACGUUUUUGCUUACCAGUAAUUAAUAAGAACAAAAUUAUCCCAGAAGUAAUCAAAUCGAUUGAAAACAACGUCCACAGAUUCCCAAUAGACAAAAGGGAAAUAAUUAGAGGUAGAUCUUUCCCGAUAAUUAAUAACAUAGCUUAUCAUAUCAACCAUACAUCAGAAAAUGAACGUUUCCUGCUUGAUUCCGUCCAAAAGACGAGAGACUUUCUCCAUGAUAACCCUAACAUCAUAGUUACUAGAGCUGACAAAGGCCACACCACUGUUAUCAUGGAGAGAGAUAUGUACACAAAUAAAAUGUUAACCCUACUAAAUGAUAGAGAGACUUAUAAUAUUGUUAAGAAAGACCCUACAAAAAAACUAAUUGGGAGUCUCCACGAAUUGCUCGCAAGAUGGAAGAAAAUGAAUUAUAUUGAUGAGACCACUUAUAAAGGAUGCAAUUUCACCGAUGGGACCUUACCGAGAGCUUACGGUCUGCCAAAAAUACACAAGACGGGUUACCCACUGCGGAUUAUUGUCUCGUCAGUCAAUACUCCGCUUCACACGUUUUCCACCUUUCUGCAUAAAAUCAUUUAUUCGUCAGUUCCUAAACCUGACAGCCACAUCCUCAAUAGUUUUGAAUUAGUAAAUAAAUUAAACGGACUCCACUUAGAGCAAGACUACGAUAUCAUACCGUUAGAUGUGAUAUCUUUCUUUACGAAUGUACCUAUAGAUUUAGCAAUAGAUAUUAUUGCUACGUCUCAUUAUCAUUUAUCGCCGUUACCCACGUGCCAGUAUAUCCCGGAGCGGAUACACAGCAAUAACACUUUUUACAAACAAACAUUUGGCACUCCGAUGGGCUCCCCAUUAUCGCCGAUCAUAGCAGACAUCACGAUGCAGGACCUCGAGAUCAGAGCACUCGAGGCCUUGACAUUCGUUCCUCCAUUUUAUGUCAG